AUGGCAGCCGCGUCUACCUCCUCUGCGAUCAUCUUCACCGACGUGUUCAACGUCUCAGACGUCGACAAGGAUGGGAAGAAGUUCGACCGGGUCUCGCGCAUCGCCGCAAAGUCGCAGAACCACGACAUGCGGAUGACCCUCGACAUCAACACCGACCUGAUUGACCUGCGACAAGAGUCCGAGUUCUCCCUUGCCCUCGCCAGCACACUCCACCCGGACGGCGUCGCGAAGGAUGCGGGAGCGACUGGCGGAUGGCGGGCAGACAUCGAGGGCGGACUGGCAGACGACUGGGACUACGUCAUGUACGGAAAGGUCUACAAGUACGACGAGGGUUCCGGCGAGGAGGUGACGGCCUACGUCUCGUUCGGCGGGCUCUUGAUGGCGUUGACGGGUGUGUACCGGCACAUGGCCAACUUGACGGUCGGCGAAUACGUCUACCUCCUGCUGCGACCCUCGAAGCGGUGA